AUCAGUAUUCUGUGUAUAUACUUUUAAUGACACUUUCUGACUUUACACAUGGCUUUCCGUCAAAGCUGGAGUUUUUGUCCUAAUAACAAUCUCUAGAUUCUGGAAAAAAUGAAUAUUUUUCAGACAGUUGAAAUCAUAGAUUUUUCAGUGAAUCCAUUAACUUGUCUCAAUUUUUUAUAAUCAUCAAAAGUACACAAAACAUUCUGUAGUAACAAAAUAUUUGAGCUAUGGAGAAAAGAAAGUCCAAGACGGAAAAAGUCUUAACCAAAUUCGAUGAGAUAAUUGAAGAAAAACUACUACUCGAAGAUAAUUUGAAAUUAAUGCUUGAUCACCUUUGGUCAUAUGUGAGGUAUGUGAGGAGUCCAACUGAAAAUAUGCGAGAAUCAGAUGUUACAGAGAUUUUGAAAUAUGAAAUCCAACUGUUGGCUAUGCUUGUGAAUAUGAAUUUUGAUAUGGAAAAACAAUUUGAAGAAGCCCCUACUAGUAGAUCAAAUAUAUUGAAAAGUACAUCAGGACUUGCAAGUACUGUUUUAGAUUCGCUAGAAAAAAAUGUGAAAAGGGUUGGUGUACCAGAAUUAGGUAGUGAUAUAAAGUACACUAACACUCAAAGGCUGGUUAAUGAAAUUUUGGCUUCUGAUCAUAGAGAGUCAGCCAUAGUUAUCCCAACCGGUGAUCCACCAUCCCCUGACCUAAAUAGCUUCAAAGAUUCACUGAAACAGUCUAGUGUGUUAGGACUGAACAAAGCACAUUUUUCCAGUCAAGAAAAAACAUAUACAGACUAUAUUCCAAAGCAAGAAAAACCAUCCAAAGACUUUGAGGGCCAAGUUUUAAGUAUUUCAAGUCAAGAAAAACCAUCCACAGACAUUUAUAAAAUUCAGACCAAUUUGAGUAAAGAAAAACCCUCCAAAGAGGCGCAAACUUCAAGUAUUUCAUCUCAAUGCAUAAUUACUAAAGUAAGUAUUGAAGAUUCUGACAGUUCUGAAGAACCUUUUAGAGAAGAACGCAUAUCAGCUGUUUCAGGCGAGAGUAGUGAAGACAUUAAUGAUAAACCUGAAAUAAUACCAAGGAAUUGCUCAAAGCUCACUAAUAGUUCAACUAGUGGUGUUGGAGAUACUGACACUGAAGAUACCAGCGAACCUGAAACAUCAUCUAACUUUUCUUGGGUGGGAACUACCAAAGAAUUUCAGCAGAUUUCUAAACAUUCUUUGAAAACUUUGAACAAUGAAAAUUCUAACAAUAUAAAAGCAACUUCUUCCACAAAAGCCAAUCCAUCUAGUGGUAGUGUAAAAAAGAAAACAAAAUUUAAGGUUUCAGAACUGCGCUCUAAGAGAACCCCAUCAGUGGGAGACGAAUGUUUGUUUAGUCACAUUGUGUCACCCUCAGAAUUUUAUAUACAUCUUCUUGAUUACGAAACUGUUUCGAUAGAUGAUCUCAGUGAAAAAAUCCAUCAAAAUUAUAACAGAAGUCUGCCAACUCAUUCUAGCAAAGAAUUAGCGUGCAGUGAUAUGGGCAGGUACUGCUUGGCAUAUGUUUCUCAGUUCAGUAGAUGGUUUAGAGCAGAAGUUUUGGACUGGUAUUUUCAUGUUAAGUCAGAUGAAGUGCUGAUCCAACUAGUCGAUUAUGGUAAUAAACAAACUGUAACUUACCAGAAUUUGAGGGUGAUGUUGGAAGAACUCUCUAAUAUUCCUAAGUUGGCAGUUCGUUGUCACUUUCCAUUGUUAUACCCACCAACAGCUACACGCCUCAACAGGACAUUAGAUUGGCCAGAAGAUAGCAUCAAUGCUCUUGCAGAUUUGAGUGUUUCAUCACGAAAUGGAGAAAACCAAGAAAUUCCUUUCAGAAUAGUUUAUGCUGAACCUGAAGGUGAUUCCCUUGGUGUGGACUUCUGUGAUUGUCAAGAAACCAAUGAAGAACUAACAGUCGCUCAGAUUCUGUUGGAUUUGGGCCUAGCUAAGGAGAUUAUAGAAGAAUAUGAUGAAGAGCACAUGGAGUUAGAAGUGUUUUUGGAUGAUGUUGAUGAUCUGGAGACUGCAGACAACAUCAACGAAGCCAUAGCAGGAUACGAUGCUAAGGACGAGGCUAGAAUAUGCCCUUUUACCAGAAAAGAUGGGACUUGUUAUAAAGGGAAGAGUUGUAAGUUGGAACAUGCCAGUCUUUCUAAAGAUGGUUUCACCACUGAUAAAGAGUUGGUUUUCAAAAAUGCUAUGUGUACUCUUAUGCUGCCUGCCUGUGGAGAAUGUGUGACAGUUUUGGUAACAUGUUACAUUGACAUAUGCCGAUUUUUUGUUCAAAUCAUAAGGACUCCUCAUAAGGAAAGUAAGUAUAUGAUCGACAAACAGUUCUAUUCAUUGCUAGCAGUUAUGAAUUCGCCAAAGGCAGAAAAAUCCUAUGAAUCUUUCAAAAUUUUGCCAGCCAUCGGUGAGAUUGUGUUGGUCAAACAUUGGAGUAAAAAGUGGCUCAGAGCUGUCGUUAGGGAAAUAGGCAGUUCUUCUCAGAGUGAAACUGAUAUUCAUGUUUUUACUGUAGAUGUCGGGGAAACUCUCAAAGUAACCUUAAAAGAUCUACGAAAAAUCCAAUCUCAUCUACUGAACCUUCCUUUUCAAGCUGUCGAAUGCUACAUCAAUGAUUAUAAAAUGAAAGAAGGCUGCUGUACCGAGAAAGCCAUGGAAUUUUUCAACAGAAAUCUCUAUUUUCACAACUUCUUAGCUGUUACAAUGUCAUAUUUUCCCCCUCUAAGAAUCACCCUAAAAACAUUGAAUGGUUUAAUAGAUAUUGGCAAAACACUAAAAGAGCAAAAUUUUGCAGAAGUUCGUCCUUAUGAUAAUAAUCCUUUGGAUACUUCUGUGUUGAAACUUUAUUGAAACACGAGUUGAAACUAAAUUUUUCAAGUUGAGAGUAUGAUGUGACGACUACUUGAAUGAAUUAUUUGACAAUUGCACUUUUCUUUCAUUAAUUUUGUUUGGUAUAUCAUUAGUUGUUAUAACACUCAAACAUGCAGUUUUCAGGACGAAACUUUUGUUGAUCAAUUUCAAAAUACUAUUGUUUUUUGUUAUGAAACAUAUUACUGAAAAUAUGUUCGAUAUUAUUUUGAGAAAGUCCAAGUUUCUGAUGGUUCAAACUUUUGUUUCUUCACUUUUUAACCUCACCAGUAAAUUAUAAUAUCAAUAUUUCAGAGGACUUUCCCAAAAUGAAGUAAAUUUAAUUGUCUUGUUGUGAUUCUAUAUAAAUGACAAAACUGGGAUUGAUUGACAUGUAAAAAUGUUUUCACACAUGAAUUUAAAUGGUUUCUAAAAAGUCAUUUCAACAAAAUCUUUCAUAAUUUGAAGUUAUAUUCAUUAAGACUUGGUGAAGAUAUUUUAUCGUUUUUUCCUCUAAGAAUUAAGAGAACAUAAUUCUGCUCCUUGAUCUCAAAAUGUAUUUGAAUAUUUUGUAUUAAUUUUAUAGAUUAGCAACUGUUAUAAUCAUUUGCUGAAUAUUUCGAAGGCACUGAAGGCGACAGAGUAUAUGAAGAAAUAUUCUGUGACUUUUCAGAACCUUUUUAGAAUACCAAAUAAUAUUAGAAUAUAAAAUUUUUAACUUUGA